UGACAGUGACAGUAGUUUUAAUUAAUCAGUUAAUUUUUAUCUAAAUCCAGUUCUGACCGGUUCUUAUUUUAAUUGAGCCAAACCUGUGAACGAGAACCAUCUUCAAAGUUCCAUGCCAUGUAAGCCAUACCACACGCAUUGAAAGCAAAGAGCGACACACGACUGUCUGAUAUCCUCAUCAAAGUACGAAAAAAUACGGAAUCGCCCUACUUCGUACAAGGAAUGGAACUUGAAAUGCUCGAUCAUUUCAAACAGUUGAAGAAAGAUUCAAAUCCACCUACUGAACAACUAACAAUCGAAGGGCUUACCUUAGCAAAUGGUUUAUCUUCUGGUAAUAGCACAGGAUGCGAAUCGCCACCACCCAAAUCACCAACAACGAAUAAACCAUCGCCAUCGCGUGCCGCAUUUCGUCGCAGAUUAUCACGUUUGCCAAGUUUUUGUGAAUUGCGCUUAAGCCAGCUUCAGAGACCAAACGACAUUGAAGACGUUCUGUUUGACCUGUUAUGUGACAAAGAUGACCGUGUAGCUAUCGGAAAAUUUUGGGCGGCAUUAAAUUGCACUGGCUUACGUGAAUCCGAUCCUCGCCUUGCUGAAUGUCGCAAAAACUUUGAAGAUGUCAAACAAGAAUUGAUGUAUGAGGAAACUAAUUGUACAGAUGCGACAGUUGACAGGGAAACAUUCAAGAAGUGCACACAAGCAAACAUUGUUCUGAUUGGAAAGGCGUUUAAAAAUCAAUUUGUCAUCCCUGAUUUUCUUGAGUUUGCCAAACACGUGGAUGAAAUUUAUGAGAAAGUAAAAGAAAAGAACGCAGGCAAGGUAGCAGACUAUAUUCCACAGUUGUCAAGAUACAGUCCAAAGUAUUGGGGUGUUUCUGUGUGCACCAUAGAUGGUCAGAGACACAGUGUUGGUGACUGUACCAUUCCAUUCUGUCUCCAAUCAUGCUCCAAGCCUCUCAAUUAUUCACUUGCUGUGAGUGACCUUGGCGCUGAGGAGGUACAUAGAUAUGUGGGCCAAGAACCAAGUGGAAGAAGCUUUAACGAGUUAUCAUUAGAUCAAAAAAAGAAGCCACACAACCCAAUGAUUAAUGCAGGGGCCAUACUUGUUGCGUCGCUGCUGAAACCAAAUAAACAGAUUGCAGAUCGAUUUGAUUUUGCUCAGAAUCAGUACAGACGACUAGCUGGGGGAGAAUUUAUUAGUUUCAGUAAUGCAACAUACCUAUCAGAAAGAGAAACGGCUGAUAGGAACUUCGCAUUGGGGUACUACAUGCGGGAAAACGGAUGUUUCCCCGAUGGCACAAUUCUUACCCAGACCUUGGAGUUUUAUUUCCAGUUGUGCUCUAUUGAAUGCACUGCAGAAUCAGCUUCUGUUAUGGCCGCCACAUUAGCAAAUGGUGGAAUAUGUCCUCUUACUGGAGAGUGUAUUCUCUCCCCAGAAGCUGUCAGAAACACGUUGUCCCUGAUGCACUCUUGUGGCAUGUAUGAUUAUUCCGGACAGUUUGCAUUUAAGGUUGGUCUUCCUGCCAAAUCUGGCGUUGCAGGUGCAAUAUUGAUGGUAGUGCCCAAUGUUAUGGGGAUAUGUACUUGGUCGCCACCCCUUGAUGAUUUGGGAAAUAGCGUAAGAGGAAUCCAUUUUGCACAGGAGUUUGUGUUAAAAUUUCCGUUUCACAAUUAUGACAAUCUAAAACACAGCACAACGAAAUAUGACCCUCGAAAUAGAAAGAGUGAUUUUGAAGCAAACCAAGUUGUUAAUCUACUAUUUGCUGCAUCAAUUGGAGAUAUUACUGCGAUGCGGAGGUUUGCCCUUUCUGGUAUGGAUAUGAAACAGUCGGACUAUGAUGGUAGAACAGCCCUGCACCUUGGGGCUGUCGAAGGUCACUUGAGUGUGGUCAAGUUUCUCAUAGAGAAGUGCAACGUUCCUUACAACCCUUGUGAUAGAUGGAACUUCACGCCAAUAGAAGAUGCGAUGAGAUUUCAUCAUCCAAACGUUGUAGAAUAUUUAAACCGUUGCGCAAAGAAACUCGAGUUGGGAUUGGCAUCUGAGAAUAGUGACAGGGAUGACAAUGACGACAGCGAUGUUGGAAUUGACUUUUCAACUAAAUAUUGUGAAGAUGCAGAAGAAUACAAGUAUUGAUUUACUGAACUCUGUAAACGCGAAAACGGGUUAAUUCGUUGACUAUUUUACGAAUACAAUCAUGCACACUAACUAUCUGUAUGAGAAAGGGAUAUCAUAUACGAUAUACGA